CGUCUCUAACAGUAAAACCAUAUAAAAACUAGCUACUACUACAUAAGUUGAAGUAAUGGCCUUUUCUUCUCACUAGGGCUUAAGAGUUAAGAAGAAAGAUGCAAGGGUGCUCAGACGCUCCACUCUCCAAGAGGUUAGAAGACAAAGUAGCACUAAUCACCGGGGGAGCAAGUGGCAUCGGCGAAGCCACUGCAAGGCUUUUCCUUCGCCACGGUGCCAAGGUCGUCAUCGCCGACAUCCAAGACAACCUCGGACACUCCCUUUGCCAAAACCUCAACUCCGGCAACAACAUUUCCUAUGUUCACUGUGAUGUCACUAACGAUAACGACGUUCAAAUAGCCGUCAAAGCUGCCGUUUCACGCCACGGCAAGCUCGACAUCCUCUUCAGUAACGCCGGAAUCGGUGGCAAUUCGGACUCCUCCAUCAUCGCCCUUGAUCCUGCUGACUUGAAGAGGGUUUUUGAAGUCAACGUCUUCGGCGCUUUCUACGCCGCCAAACACGCCGCUGAAAUAAUGAUUCCUAGAAAGAUAGGGAGCAUUGUGUUCACGUCUAGCGCUGUUUCGGUGACUCAUCCGGGUUCGCCGCACCCAUACACGGCGUCGAAGUACGCAGUGGUGGGUCUGAUGAAGAACUUGUGCGUGGAACUGGGGAAGCAUGGAAUCAGAGUUAACUGCAUUUCACCCUAUGCUGUGGCCACUCCUCUGCUGACACGUGGAAUGGGAAUGGAGAAGGAGAUGGUAGAGGAACUGUUUGCGGAGGCAGGGAACUUGAAGGGUGUGGUUCUCAAGGAAGAGGAUUUGGCAGAAGCAGCUUUGUUUCUUGCUAGUGAUGAGUCAAAGUACGUGAGUGGGGUCAACCUAGUUGUGGACGGAGGUUACAGUGUUAACAAUACUGCUUCGGCUGAAGUAGCUUUAGGAAAGUUUUCUGCUGAUUAAGCCCAAAUUGUAAGCUUUCAUAUUUGAGUUCCUUCGACCAAAAGCCAAAAGGUGUGUUUUCUAGUUUGAAUUAAAAUAAAAUAAAAAAGUGAAAGUGUGUGUAAGACAAUAAUACAAUAUUUCUGUUAUUUAGCAAAAAGUGCAGUUACUUUUAGCUGGAAAAAAAAUCCAAAUUUGUAUUUCUGUAUGUGAAUUAAAAUAUAAUAUAAAAUAGUAUGUAAG